CAUAGAUGAAGAUAUUUUGUAGAUUUAGGAAGUCUAGCAUCAUCCUUACCAGGAAGAAAAUGACAGGCGGCUUAUACGUGAAUAUAUUAAGUUAAAAGAGAAUCUGGCAACCGUAAGAUUUAUUUACUUCGAGGCGGAAGGUCGGAUGCGGCGGAGAUAAGCUUAUCUUAAAUCCAUCAUUUCCGCCAAGUUCUUCCUCUGUAGUGGAAGGGUUUUGUGUCGCUUGAGCUUUCUGGAUGUUCAGUCGUUUUUAAAAAUGUCUAGCACUACUCAAGGUAUCGAUACCGAUUGCAUGACCCUGACUCGGUAUGUUUUGGCUGAGCAAAGGAAAGUGCCACAUGCCACAGGUGACCUAACUCAACUUUUGAAUAAUAUAACCACAGCCAUUAAAGCUAUUUCUUCGGCUGUCAGAAAAGCCGGCAUUGCGAAGCUAUAUGGUAUGGCAGGUGAAACCAACGUUCAAGGUGAGGAGGUGAAAAAGCUAGAUGUCUUGGCUAAUGAGUUGUUUAUAAACAUGUUGAAAUCAUCGUAUGGUACUUGCUUACUAGUUUCAGAAGAAAACGAGAAUGUCAUCGAAGUGGAAACAGAGAGGCAAGGAAAAUAUAUUGUGUGUUUUGAUCCACUUGAUGGAUCUUCCAAUAUUGAUUGUUUAGUGUCCAUUGGGUCAAUUUUUGCUGUGUACCGCCGCACCUCAACUGAUCCUCCAUCACCUAAAGAUGCCUUGCAGAGUGGUCGUAACAUAGUGGCGGCAGGAUAUGGUCUAUAUGGUAGUGCUACCAUGCUGGUAUUGUCUCUUGGAGGGCAAGUAAAUGGGUUUAUGCUUGAUCCCUCAAUUGGUGAAUUUGUGCUUACAGAUCCAGAUAUCAGAAUCAAACCUAGGGGUAAAAUUUACAGCACAAAUGAAGGUUAUGCUGCCCUCUGGGAUAAAGCGGUCACGGAGUACGUAAACAGCAAAAAAAAUCCUGCUUCUGGUAAACCUUAUGGAGCUCGUUACAUUGGAUCCAUGGUGGCUGACGUGCACCGAACUUUAAAGUAUGGUGGGAUUUUUAUGUAUCCUGCUACAAAAGAAUCUCCGAAAGGAAAGCUUCGUUUGAUGUAUGAAUGCAAUCCAAUGGCAUACUUGAUUGAAAAGGCUGGAGGCAUAGCAACUACUGGAAAAAUGCCAAUUCUGGAUAUUGUACCUGAAUCAAUUCAUCAGCGCAGUCCCAUAUUUUUAGGCUCGCCAGAAGAUGUGAAGGAGGUUAUAGAAUUGUAUAAAAAGCAUGAACUUUAAAAAAAUAUUCAGUAACUUUGAAUUUCUACUUAUUUUCCCACAUUAUAUAAAAUAAACAUGAAUUUACUUAAAUGCUAAGUGCCAAGAAUAUUUUUGUUGCUAAUCAAAUGUCUUGAUAUAGCUUAAAUAAGUAAUUAAAAAAAAAAAAAACUUUUAUAAGAGACAUUGUUUGUGGAUUGUUGAAGAGAGAAAUAUAUUUUUAUUAUAGCUUUUUUGCCAAUUUGUGUUAAAAAUAUAUAAAUUAUUUUUGAUAUUAGUAUAUAAAGAAGUUUAAAAUGUACGUUAUCAAUAAGGAAAUAUUAAAAAAUUCUAUAUUCUUUAGAAAUGAAAUCUAGUAUUGAAUGUCAAAAGUGUAUUUUACAUUUUUUGCAUUGUACAGUGUAAUACACACAAAGCUAAUAACUAUGGUGAGAGAAGAAAUUGUAUUCUGCAUUAAGAGAAUAAGAAAGGUAAUGUUAUUUAUAUUUAUUUUAACAUUACUUUAAAUGAACUAAACAUCUGGUAUUUUUUUGAAAUUCUUUUAAAAUAAUAUCUUGAUAAGAACAGCUUUACUCAUAAAUGACUUAUUUCUGUAAA